GCUGCCACUUGACAGUUGACUUUGACGUUUAAACAUACAUAACCCAUAAAAAAUAUUUGUUAUUUACAAGUGUAACCAUUAAUUUAAAGCCAAAAAUGUCGAAAGAUUCGCAUAUUGAUCGAGAUUUAGACUUGUCUAAUGCAACGCGUGGCGUGUGGUUGGUUAAAGUCCCAAAAUACGUGGCAAACAGGUGGGAGAAAGCCCCCAGUGAUAUGGAAGUUGGCAAGCUAAAAAUCACAAAGAACGGAACACCCCCGCAGGUGUCACUAACCCUAUCUUCAGCGAUUUUAAACUUGAAUGAACCUGGGGAGGAAAGUAUCCCCAAAGACCACCGCUUAGACGUGUCCAAAGUGACACAGCAGACGUUAGGAGUGUUUUCACACGUGAUACCCACUCAAACCGAUGCUGUUGUACCUGAGACGGAAAAGUUGUACAUGGAGGGCAAAAUCGUCCAAAAACUUGAAUGUAGGCCUUAUGCCGAUAACUGCUAUAUGAAGCUUAAACUAGAGUCAAUCAGGAAAGCGUCGUUACCGACACGCAAAGUUAAACAACUCGAUAGAGUCGUCACAUCUUACAAACCAGUCUCGGAUCACAAAAAUAACAUCGAAUACAUGGAGAGGAAAAAAGCUGAGGGCAAAAAGGCUCGUGACGAUAAAGACGCUGUCUUGGAAAUGUUAUUUGCGGCAUUUGAAAAACAUCAAUAUUACAAUAUUAGGGAUUUAGUGAAGAUUACCAAACAACCAAUUACGUAUUUAAAGGAAAUCCUCAAGGAAGUGUGUAAUUACAAUUUAAAAAAUCCCCAUAAAAAUAUGUGGGAGUUGAAACCCGAGUAUAGGCAUUACAAGCAACCGGAAGUGGCCGAUGAUAAGAAAGACUCGCAGUCAGAUGAUGACUGAUUUUAUUGUAAAAAUGGAAUAAACACAAUUUUAAGUUUU